CUCGUGAUCGACGCUACUCGAGCACUAUUCGUUUGUAAGCGUGAUGGCGGCAAAGCGUAAAGGAGCUAGGAAGGUAGUCGAAGAGCAAGUUUCUUUGGGUCCUCAAGUUGCAGAAGGCGAAUUUGUAUUCGGAGUUUGCCACAUCUAUGCAUCAUUCAACGAUACAUUUGUUCACGUAACGGAUGCGACAGGUGCUGAAACCAUCGUCCGUGUCACGGGUGGCAUGAAAGUUAAAGCCGAUCGCGAUGAAUCUAGUCCAUAUGCUGCUAUGCUUGCAGCUCAAGAUGUCGCAGAGAAAUGCAAAACUUUGGGUAUAAAUGCCCUACAUAUCCGUAUCCGAGCAACUGGUGGAACAAAGGUCCGCACCCCAAGUCCUGCUGCACAAUCUGCUCUACGAGCCCUCGCACGCUCGGGAAUGCGUAUUGGCCGCAUAGAAGAUGUCACACCCAUUCCAACAGAUAGCACGCGACGCAAAGGAGGCCGUCGAGGUCGCCGUUUGUAAUAACUCACAUAUUGAAUACAUUAUGGUUUGAUUUGAUUAUCUAACGUUUUUUGGAACUUCACUACCUCAAUAAUACUAAGUGCUUCGCCUGAAAUUGGAUGAAACAGGCGUUGUAGUUUGAAGAUACCGAUAUAUUUCUUGAUGUGUUCGUAGUUUGAUGACGUUCACAGUAGUUGAUUAAGUGAACAAGAUUUUAGUGACUUAAGGUAUCAGUCAAACAAUUACUUUAGUAGCUAUUACCGUUCGAUACAUCCUAGACAAUCACCUACUUAAGUUAUACCAUUUCCAACAACUUGACGUCCUAUGAGUCCUGACUACAUCGCGAAACCAGGCGGUCACAAGAACACCUUAAAUCACAACACUAGUCAGUCAUUUAUUUGUCAUUUUCUUGGUGAACAUUAAGGUUUUGUAACCGUACCAGGUGAACUGAAUAAUCAUUUUCAUUGGUAAUCAAGAAUAGGUCAACAGAAAUAUCGCCCAUCAGUUUACUAUUUGAUGCAGUCAAGUAUCAUGCCCAUGAUGUAGUUUUGCCUUUACGAUGUAAUUCUAGGUUUGGAUUUACUACACCGAGUACGCCUCUCAUACCAGCUGAUUAGCUUACGCUACAUUCAUAUCACUAGAAAUCAGAUUAAUGAAUGAAGAUAACCGUUAGUCUUUGUGGUGCUCUUCUGAGACAUGUCCCCAUUCAAUGUGUAGAAUGUGAAUAUGGUCCCUUAGCAUCAAGUGAUAAGACAACGGUGGGUGAGCAUUUUACUUCCUUAUGAAUACGUAACCAGUUUUGUCACCAACUUAUUUCGGAAUAUAUGUUCAAGACUAUCAGCUGGUUGAGGCAUAACAUAGGCGGGGUAUAAAACCCCAAUAACAUCUUUAUGAAGAUGCUCAAAAUCCCUUUAGGCUAACCAGAGUCAGCUUACAGUUAUUGCUAGGUUUUUCUGUGCGGUACAUCACUUCAGUUAGGGUCCCGUUUCCCCUCAACCGAGAGCAAAGCUUUUGGUCCAAGUGUGUUAAGAGCCUUUAUCCGUAAUUCGGCUCCAUAAACCGUGCAUGGGACAGAAAAGUUAGAGGUUAUCCCCAAAUGAGACCGACUUUUAAGUGCUUCGACAGUCGCUUGAUGGAAUGUAAAUAAUGCUCUGCGAACACGACACCGAUACUUUCAAGACGUUAUUUUUGACAAAAGGUGUAGUGCCUUAGCUCUGACAUUCAGAUUAAUUUAGGUAUCGUUGAAGUGUUUGACUUAUGUUUUGACAUACAUAUGGCCAUAGAUUUCUUAGAAGAGGUUCAAAGACGGAAAUUCCCUCUAUCGUAAGCCUCACUGUGCAAGUUUAAGAGGUGGUCAUGUUACCCAUUUACUCAGAACAGAUCCGUGUGGUUAAUUUUAAGGUAUAUUCCAAGUGACGGUUCAGGGCUCGAACUUGUGAUCUAGUAAUUAAAGAAGCAGAAAAGUUUAUCAGUGAUGAUAGUGUAUUUUGAAGUAGGUUUCCUGAGAAAGCGGCGGUUGUCUGACUAACUGUUGCCUCCGGAAGACUAUGAUUGACCAAAGUAUGGGGAAGAGUAACUUUAACUAAGGUUUUGCAAUGCAGCUUCUUGACAAAAAGGAAGGACAGGACGAGCAUUCUUCAUGUAUGUAUUUCCACCGAAUGAUAUUUCUGGUGUUUGAGUCAUGAGGACUAAAAGUUACUAUUAGUGGUUGGCUUCAAAAACUGGACAGGAAAACAUCUCACUGAGUCGUAAACUAUCUCUCUGAUGUCUAUGUCCAGAUAUCCUUUUUAUCUUUAUUGCAC